AUGAUUGAUGAUCUAGGGGACAUCGACAACCUGCCAUAUAUAAUAGAGAUUCUAAUGAUAAUCGAUUUCAAGAGCUCUGAGUUCAAUGUCAAAGCACUGAAUGGUUUCAAGAGCGCAAUAUUCUACGAUAGCGAAAGACAAAAUGUUUGCAGAUGA